AUGUUGUUGCGCAAAUCGCCAACCAGCCGUCGCCUCUCCUCUGAUGAGAUCUUAACGCGGUUAAAGAAGAUUCUCUUGGUGUUGAAGUAUGUUAACUCAAAGGAUCUCUUCAUGGAGGCUCACAAGGCUCAUCUAAUGCGACGGCUCAUUCUAGAGACAUCGGCAGACAACGAACUAGAAGAAUUUAUGGUGGAGAAGCUGAGGGCGAGUUUUUUUUAUGCCAAUGAUGAAUUCGCAGGGUUUGUUUUUUGA